AUGUUUACAAGAAACAGUAGAAAUAACCGCAUUUUACAACUAUGUUUUCAAUCAGCUGGGAUAGAAGGAUGUUCCAAUCACUCUGAUCCUGGUGAGAGUACGGAUAUUUCAACAAACGUGACAAAUUUAAAUAAUGGUACGCUUUUCUCAGAACUCUCAAAGAAAGAAAACAAAGCAACAACUUUUCCUCAAGCCACCUCGGAACUGAUACCAACUGAAAACGGUUUGAAUAUUGAUACCUACGUUAAAGAAGUAACUGUCCUUGCUAGCAACCUCCAAGACGAGUACCAUUCAGAGGAUUCUGAUAUUAAAAACUUUUUUGAAGAUUCUGGAUCAGAGUACCAGCCAUCGGAAAAAGAAGAUACCGAAUCUGAAAAUAUAAGUAACAUGUCAAAUGAAUCUACCUCUUGUGACGGUGAAGACCCUAACAGACAACGCCCUACCCAAAAGGAGACUGACAAUAUACCUACUGAUUCAAAUUUAGAUGGUCGAAAGGGGAAUAAAAGAAAAAGUAAAGGCCAAGGUAAUCCCAAGUUAUGGAAAAGAAGUAAGCAAGCCGAAUUAAGACUUCAUGGAAAAACCUAUACAGGGUUUAAAAAAGACAAAUCCGGAGUUUAUAAGCAAAACACAUCGAAAGAAAUGCGAAGAAUAGGGAAUAAGUGCAUUGGCCAUCAUCAAAAACUUGCAAAAAGCGGGAAAGGUGGACCACGGCAAGGGUUUCAAUGCAGUGAUAUAUCUGAUGUUCAAAGAGAAUAUUUGUUUGAAGAGUUUUGGAAACUAAAUUCUUGGGAAGCAAAGAAGUCAUUUGUGGUUCAAGAUACGGGACAUUCCCCUACUGUGAAAAGAAGAACGACUGGUGAUCCAAGCGUAUCUAGAAGAUCUAAGAAUGUUGUUUACUUUCUCAAAGACGAAGAUGGGGCAAAACAAAAUGUGUGCAAAGCAUUUUUCCUAGGAACACUUGGAUAUGAAACAAAAAACGACCGAUUUGUUAAGGAUGUAUUGAACAAGUCAAAAAAUGCUGGCCUUACUCCGAACCCAAAUAAACGAGCAAUUGAUAGAUUCUCCCAAAAUUCUAAAGUUGAAAUUCAAAUUCUGCAGCCUUUGCCGACAAAUGGAUUAGCGAUUGAGGAAAUCAACCUUCAUGAAAUGACUCGUAACGUCAAUAACUUAUCUACAAAUACAAUAAAUGAAGAAAUAUCAUCACAGGACAACUUAAAUAAAAAUUUACGGAAGCCGAUGCUUCUAUUGGUUAGUCUUACGGAUGACAUACAUGGUAAUAAAUUACCUACUAACAAACAAGUUUUAAAGUUACUUUUUUAUUACACCAAAAACAUGAAAACAACAGUGUAUGACGGAUGUAAAAUAACUAUUGAAAAAGUUAAGAAAUUUUGGAUAUUUGCUGGUGUUUUUACAUUAGAUAAACGAUGUAUUCAAAAGUUAGAAAAAUUACAUGGAGAAUACAAAAACGUGCAUAAAAAUGCUGGUGUGCUAUCAAAUCAAAAAAAAGAACAAGAGUUUUCAAUCAAAUUAGAAAUGUUAUUUGAUAUAGCUCACAGCAGAGUUCUAAAAAUGGUCAGCAAUAAUAGUAAAAAGUUUUUAAUUGAUCAGCGAUCAGAAAGAAAAUUUAAUCUGAAUUUUUCGGCCAAUCAACAAGGAAAUGAAAUCGAGUUAUUUGAGAAACAAGUUGACAAUCGCCCUUUUGAAGUAUUAACCUCUGAUAAUCCACUUGUUGUUAAUGAUAAUCACUCCAUUGAAGUGUUAACCUCUGAAAACAUUAAAACAGCAUCUUGUAGCAGAGAAUACCAGUCAAAUGAUGCUGAUUUAUCAAGAGAAAAUUCAGAUAACUAUUUGCUGUUGAGUUUGACAAGCACAAGUGAAGCGAUGUCUAGUGGAGAAGCGCUAACUUUGUCUUUACCACCAUCACCAAGUCAAAGAUCAGAAUUUGAACCAGGUGGAAGAUAUUAUGAUCGAAAGAAUGAAAGAGGAACUAUUAAUAUUAUGACAGAGAACGUUGUCGCUACACUGGAUAAUUGUAUAGUGUCCUAUAGAAAUUCUGUCCCUAUUAUAUCUGCAAUAGCUGAAGCUUUAGAAUUUGAUACCAAUAAUUUAAUUUUGAACAAAACAUCUUUUAAUGAACAGCGAAAAAAAAUUCGAGAGCAAAAAGCUUUAAAAAUUCAAAAAUUAUUUGGUGACGUCCAGCUUACUGCCGCUGUUCUUCAUUGGGAUGGCAAACUCAUACCAGAUACGGUUUCGUGUAAGCAAGUUGAUCGGGUACCUAUAUUAAUUAGUAAUAAUGGGGUUGAAAAACUUUUGAGCGUACCUGGUUUACCUGAUGGAAAGGGAAAAACUCUAGCUGAAGAAAUUUAUAGUGUUCUUAAUAACUUGAGCUUAACAGAAUCUAUCAAGGCACUGUGUUGCGAUACAACUGCGUCUAAUCUAGGUUGCAAUAACGGAGCUGCAGUAUUACUAGAACAAAUGCUAGAAACGGAUUUAUUGUGGCUACCGUGCCGACAUCACAUAUAUGAGUUAACUCUGACAAGUGUUUUUACAUUAAAAUUACCAGGUACUACUGGACCAAACGUCCCUUUGUUCAAAAAGUUUCAGAGUUGCUGGAAUGCAAUAGACAAAAAGAAAUUCAAAGAUGGAUUAGAUGGAAAUAAAAUCCACAAAAAAAUUAUCAAUCAAGUUGACGAAAUAGACCUAAACAUCAAAAAUUUAUUAGAUACGGUUUUACCCCGCGACGAUUACAAAGAGCUUCUUGAAUUGUCCCGAAUAUUUCUUGGUACAGUCGACCGUCACAAUGUUAAUUUUUAUAAACCUGGAGCUUUCCAUCACGCUCGCUGGAUGUCGAAAGCCAUUUACUCAUUGAAAAUUUACAUUUUUCGAGAUGCUUUUGAACUAUCACAAGAAGAGGAAAAAAGUUUAUUGGACUUAUGUUUAUUCGUGGUAUUUAUAUACGUGAGAUUUUGGUAUACAGCACCACUAGCUGUAGUAGCUCCGAACCAAGAUUUACAAUUUUUGAAAGCAGUUUAUGCCUAUAAAACUAUCGAUAAAUGUUUAUCUGAAGCUGUCUUAAAAAAAAUUAAAAACCAUUUAUGGUAUCUGAGCCCAGAAGUGGUGGCAUUCUCAUUUUUUGAUGAAAAUGUAUCACACCACAUCAAACGCAAAAUGGUCAAAGCGUUCUUUUUGGAACUUGAAGUACAGACGUGGAAUGAAAAUAUUGACUAUUUGAGAGGAUUAGAAAUUGCUAAAAAUAUUAAAGUUGUUAAUGAUGUAGCAGAGAGAGCUGUACAACUGACUCAAGAAUACAUAAAUGGAUUAGCUAAAGAUGAAAAUCAAAAACAGUAUCUUCUCCAGGUGAUAAAAGAAUAUGAAAAUGAAUUUCCAAAUGCUACUAAAGAAUGUUUGACAAAAAAGUUAAAAACUCAGUGA